AUAAACCAUUAUAUCAGCAAAUUCAAAAAGUUGUACUUUUCUGCCAUGGCCAUCCUUGGCCCAAAGUAUACACUUUUCAUUCUUGUAUUUACCUUUGGUUAUACGUUCGUCUCAUCGCAAACUGACACAGAAUGCCCGUCGGAUGGAACUAUGCUUCAGUGCGCCUCAGGGACGUGCCGAAUAGCUACUGACGGCACCCAGUACUGCGACUGCCCUCCUGGAAUUAACGGAACGCGAUGUGAACUUGACAUCGACGAGUGUGCUUCUUCACCGUGUUUGAAUGGUGCAACUUGCAUCGACCAAAAUGAUGGCUUUCUGUGUGCGUGCCCGAUUGGUUACUUAGGAUACAAUUGCGGCAAUGAAACGGGACCUUGCUUGAGCAACCCAUGUGUAAACGGGAACUGCAUCAACAGAUUUGCAACAGAGAGUUUCUAUACGUGCUCAUGUUACCCUGGCUACGAAGGCGAUAUUUGCAAUAGAGAUAUCGACGAAUGCUUGAGCAGCCCAUGUGGUGAAUUUGGAACGUGUACUCAUUUCAUUAAUUUCUACAAUUGUACUUGUGACCCGGGUUACACAGGAAAUAAUUGUUCUCAAGAAAUCGAUGAAUGUGUAAGCAAUCCGUGUCAAAAUGGCGGUACAUGUUUUGAUUUCGUAAAUAGCUACAAUUGCACGUGCCCUCAAAUCUUUGAAGGUGCCGACUGCCAGACAGAAAAAGAUGCUUGUCGCUCUGACCCUUGCAUGAACGGAGGCAGUUGCAAUAAUUACUUCGACUACUUUACGUGUACCUGCCCUACUCACUUUCUUGGAGAUAUCUGCCAGGAAGCUGCGAGUAUUUGCUAUGCAACUGGUGACCCCCACUACGUGACAUUCGAUCGCCACUGGUACCAAUUUCAAGGGGUCUGUAAGUACGUAUUGGUGAAAGACGGAUGUACUGCAUCAACAUCACCAACCUUUCAAGUUGACGUCAUUAAUUCUGAUAAGACGAAUGUCACUGGUUCAUACACUGAAGAAGUCAUCAUAACAUUAUAUCUAUCGGUAACCUUUCAACAGUGCAAGCUGUGGUUACUAAUCAUGGCCGGCGGAGAAUGGGCAGCGUGUAGUGUGGUUCGAUCCCUCGACAACGAGUUUCAAAACCUGAAUGGAAAUCGUUGCGCCAAACCGCCUUUUCCCUUUUACGCUACGUUGGAUUUAAUGAUUGCACUAAAAGCUGAUCGGGUUGUAUUCGUAGAGGGGCGGCGAGUGACUCUCCCAGCAGAACCAAUUAACGGACUUAAAAUUGAAACUGUUGGAUUAUUCGUGCAAGUUACAGCAGAUGUAUUGGACCAAGGUGUUAAUACCCGUUUUCACGUACGAUGGGAUGGCGAACAAACGAUAGAGGUCCGUUUACCAUAUUCUCUCUACAGCAAUUCAACAUGCGGUCUUUGUGGAAACUUCGACGAUGUUCCAGAAAACGAUCUUCGAUUACAAAAUGGUUCUGUUGUAGGAAAUGAAAAUGCGCACAUAUUUGGAGAUAUGUGGGCUACUAAUGAAGGAUGCGAACCGGCACAACCAAUCGUCGAUACAUGUGACGAAAGUUCAAUUGGUUACCAAAAAGUCAACCAAACCUGUUGGAUGAUCAAGGAUCCGAACGGGCAAUUUCAACGAUGUCACGACACACUCCCGCCAGAAAAUUUCUACUUGGCGUGUAUACUUGAUAGUUGUUCUCCACACGUUGACUCAGAUGAAUCCAGCUGUCACGUGAUUGAAUUCUACGCACAAAGUUGUUAUGAUCGCGGAGCUUCGGUAGGAAACUGGAGAAACGAAUCCAUCUGCAGUGUCCAUUGCUCAGGCGGCACUAACUACAACUGGUGUAGCAAUACCUGCCAACAGACCUGUGUAGAUAUUUUAGUCGGACAGUCUUCAAUCUGUGACGAAUCUUGCUACGAGACAUGUGAAUGUCCAGAAGGGAUGGUCCUUGAUGGCUUACAGUGUGUCCAGGAUCAUCAGUGUGGAUGUUUCGUUGACAACUUCUACUAUUCAGUGAACGAAACCAUAUACAAUCCUUCGUGUUUCUCGAAAGAUGUAUGUCUGGGCGACAAUCAGUUAAGCAAGUCUGAUCUUACUUGUGACGACGCCGCGUAUUGUGGCGCUAACAGUGACGGCGAAUACGGAUGCCACUGUAGAGCUGGUUAUAGGGGUGACGGUGUAACCUGUGAAGACAUCAAUGAAUGCCUAAGUGACCCGUGUGUGUACGGAACUUGUCAAAAUCUUCUGAACUCCUACGCAUGUAACUGUGACGAGGGCUGGGGAGGCUACAAUUGUAAUAACUACGUAGGUUGUGAGAGUAAUCCAUGUCAAAAUGGGGCUAUGUGUGAAGUGGUCAACGGUACUACCUACAGCUGUUUAUGUGUCCCUGGCUAUACCGGUAAUGAAUGUGAAAUAGAUAUUGACGAAUGCGCAAAUUCCCCGUGUCAAAAUGGGGCCACGUGUGUUGACAUGGUGAAUGAUUUCGAAUGCACGUGCGUACAAGGGACAUCAGGAACCACAUGUGACAUAGUGGACGAUAUUUGCUUCAGCAACCCAUGUCAGAAUGAUGGACAAUGCGUUUCUGGAGAAAAUGGCUAUAAUUGUACAUGUGCGUAUGGUUUUAUGGGUACGAAUUGUGACGAAGAGAUAAACCCAUGCCUGAGUUCGCCAUGUUUAAAUAAUGGAACGUGCAAUAACAUGAUUGAUUACUACGCAUGUUCGUGCGCAAAAGGGUUCAUGGGAAGACAUUGUCAGACAGAAUACGGUGUCUGUUUUGCAACCGGUGAUCCCCAUUACAAGACAUUCGAUGACCUUUGGCACGAUUUUCAAGGGAGCUGUAAAUACGUUUUAGCCAAAGAUUGUUUCAGCGUUACACCAAAGUUUAUCGUGGAAGCUGAAAAUGAGAAGCGCAGUGCUAGUGAUUUGGUAACCUACACCAAGGAAGUGACGAUUACAAUUAAUGACACGAUAAUUCGGCUUGGUCAAGGCAGGACCGUAAGUGUCAAUGACGUUACUAUAGAUCCGCCUGGAGAACGGAGAGGAAUUCGAGUGUUUUUUAGCGGAAUAUACGUUCAAGUGCAGUCUGACAUUGGAAUUUAUGUUCGGUGGGAUGGAGAUAGUCGAGUCGAUGUUCGUGUCGAGGCUGUGUUUAAGAACAAGACUUGUGGUUUGUGUGGAAAUUACAACGGUGAUGGAGCAAAGGAGGACGAGUUUCUUACCCCAGAUGGAACAUAUGUAAUAUUAUCAUUUCUAUUUGAUAAAUUACUUGUAUCCAAUGAAGCUGCCUUUGGUAAUAGUUGGGUUUCAGAUCCUAGUGACACUACCUGCAUACCACAGAGUCAGGAGGUCGACCCAUGUUCAAGUUCUUCCACUACAGUAGAAGUUGUUACAACUGGCAAGGAAACUUGUGGUAUUCUUUCAGAUCCAAACGGUCCAUUUGCAGCAUGCCAUGCCAAAGUAGACCCUGAUCCAUUCUACCGUGCAUGCGUGUAUGAUUUCUGCGCCGAGCCCAACAUCGAUCCAACGUUUUGUGAUAUGGCAGCCACCUACACCCAGUCAUGCAAGAAUCUCUAUGCAGAAGUAGAGCAAUGGAGAAAUGCAACGUUUUGUCCGUUGACAUGUCCAAAGAACAGUAGCUACUCCGCCUGUGCGGAUGCAUGCCCAGCAACUUGCGUCAAUUACCAUGACGUAAAUCGCACAUGUGAGGAGGUUUGUGUUGAAGGAUGCGAGUGCAAAAGCGGAUUUGUUUUGGAUGGUAACGUGUGCGUAGAUUCUUCAACGUGCGGGUGUCAAAUUGGCGGUUUCUAUUACGCCAUUGGAAGUUUUGUCUAUACCGAAGGAUGUAAUGAACUGUGCGAAUGUAUGGAAGGUGGGUAUACAUAUUGUGAAGACGUCACAUGUGACGAGAACGCAGAUUGUGGGAUUCAGAACAACGCGUAUGAGUGCAUCUGUCGUAAUGGAUAUCACACACUUAUGCGGGGACUUAACUGCACAGAUAUUAAUGAAUGCUUAAGCAGCCCAUGCGCGAACGGAACAUGUCUCAAUCAAGAGAACAAAUAUACUUGUAGAUGUGAAGAUGGCUGGAUAGGUGUCAACUGCCAAAAUAGAGACGAAUGCUUUAGCAAUCCUUGUCAAAAUGGAGCAAAUUGCAAGGAUGGAGAUAACAAAUUCGUUUGUAGUUGUCUUCCGGGAUAUGAAGGUGUCGUAUGUGAAACUAAUAUAAACGAAUGCUCGUCUUCACCUUGUGGAAGGGGUAACUGCACGGACCAGGUUAAUGGCUAUAAAUGCACAUGUGAAUAUGGUCAUGAGGGUACAAAUUGCGAAAUAGACAUUGAUUUUUGUAAAUCAUCUCCAUGUUUAAAUGGUGGCACAUGUUUUGACUUUGAAGAGUACUACCUGUGUCAGUGCCAGCCAGGUUUCGUCGGCACCCAAUGUCAAACAGAUACUUCGCCGUGUGCAAGUAACCCAUGUAUGAACGGCGGAAUCUGCAAUACCGUGGCACAGAAUAUAUACUUUUGUGAAUGUCCUGAUGGGUUUUACGGUGACAGAUGUGAACAAGAUUUUAACGAAUGCUACAGCGACCCUUGUCAGAAUGGAGCGCGGUGUAACGACGGAACCAAUAGCUACACGUGUACUUGUGAAAUCGGAUUCAUUGGAACCACCUGUUCAGAAAGUGACGCACCAGACUUAGAACUGAUUCAGGUCUGGAGUACAUCGUUUACAAUUGGUUGGUCAGUGGAGAUUGAUGUUGAUUGGUUCAAAGUUCAAUACCGUAACCAUACUUCUGAAAGAAGUAAUGGUUCUGAUUGGAUCGAUGAGCCGUAUACCAGUAGACAACAAUUUCUGUAUGUGCUUUUGAAUUUGAGAGAAAGUACUAUGUAUGACGUCAGAGUGCAAAUGCAGAGAACUGAGACCGAGACUAUAGGGAUAAGUGACGUCAUGGUUGUGCAGACAUGCAGCACUGGAUUUGGAUCCCUGAAUUGUAGCAUGGAUGAAAGAAAUGGAAUCUAUGACCUAGUUAUAUCUUUAUCGACGCCAACAUCAUUAUCUGUGAGGUGGUCAACUGAAGUCAGUUCUACAUUUACGCAGAUUCUGUAUCGGGAAUACGGGAAGGAAACCUGGAAUGUUGGAAGGGAGUUAGAUGACAGUGGUCAACAAUUCAGCGUUAUUUCAUCUCUUUUUGGUCACCGUUACUAUGAAGUCAUUAUUAAUGUUACCGUAGGCAGUACUACGUUUCGAAGUCUUAUUUCACGUUUCCAUACAUGUGAACCUGACCGGCAAGGACCUAACUGCGAAAUACGUCUUGGUAGAUGUACCGUCUGGGGAGAUCCGCAUUACAUCACAUUUGACGAUAAGCGAUACGAUUAUCAAGGCGAUUGUGACUAUACACUUACAACACCAUGUCCAGAUUCUGAUGCCAUCGCAAACUUUUCAGUCAUUAGCAGGAAUUAUAAACAGUCACCUUUAGCGUCAGUUGCUUAUCUCAAAGAUGUAGUAGUGACGGUUGACACGAACGAAUUUGUUUUAGGAAGUGGUGGCGCUGUAACGUUCAAUGGCAUAGCGAUCAAUUUGCCUUACGAGAGUCAGAAUAUGUUUAUUAUCAAUUCGGGUGUAUACACAACUUUGGUGACUGACUUCAACCUGGUUUUACGUUGGGAUGGUAGACAUUCUGUUGAAGUGCAAGUGGAUGUUGGUCUGUCUGGAAACGUAUGCGGUCUGUGCGGCAACUUUGAUAACAAUCCUGGAAAUGACUAUACCUUGUUAAAUGGCGAACAGACCCCAUAUACCAAUGUUUUUGCUGAGAGUUGGAUAGUUCCAGGAGAGGGUGACUGUCCUACCGGCGUAUUGGAUCUAGAUCCGUGUGCUUCUUCAGGAUUUCAAGAUAUGGCUAAAGCGAUGUGCAUGGUAUUGACAGAUAACAAUGGUGCAUUUUCUGAAUGCAAUCAAGUGCUAGAUCCAGAGUUUUAUUACACCUCUUGCUUAUAUGACUUAUGUGCAACCCUCGACGACAGUCUUUUGUGUUCCUUGCUUGACGUUUACGCACAGGCUUGUAAAGAUGCUGGACUAGAACUCGGUGACUGGCGGGCAGAGUCAGGCUGCUCCUCCACCUGUCCAAAUGGAAAGGAAUAUAAUGAAUGUGGUAGUGCUUGCCCAUUGACAUGCGCUACCCUUAACCAGAUGGAAGAUGGUUGUCCAUUCACCUGUAUUGACACCUGUGAUUGUCCAGUCGGUACAGUAUUGGAUGGUGACGAUUGUGUUGAUAUCUCACAAUGUGGAUGCGUUAUGGAUGGUGUAUAUUACAAGCAAGGAGAUGUGUAUUUGAGUGAAGACUGUAGCCAAAAAUGCUCUUGUACGAACGGUACAAAUUCCUGUGAAAACUACAAUUGCGGUCAGCAUUCAUCUUGUCAAGUUCAAAAUGGCGUCAGGGAUUGCUACUGUAAUAGUGGAUUUAGUGGAGACGGUAUCACUUGUACCAAAGCUGCUGGAUUAUGUACAAUAUGGGGCGACCCUCAUUACAUUACUUUCGAUGGUCAAAAAUACGAUUUCCAGGGAGAAUGUGAAUAUAUUCUAGUAAAGAACUGUAGUGACGUCAUCGGAAAGCCAUCUUUUGAAGUGACAGCUGUUAAUUCCAAACGUGUACCAUCUGACAAUGUUGCAUACUUACAACAAAUAGUUUUCCAUUUCAUGGACGAUAUAUAUAAGCUUAAAAAACAAAGAAUUGUUACGUUUAAUGACGUAAUAAUUGCAACGCCGUAUAAUUCAUCCAAUGGUGUUAAUAUUGUAGAUAAUGGAGUAAAUGUGAUAUUAUGGACUGAUUUUGGCCUUUCUAUAAGAUGGAAUGGACAGAGCCGGGUAGAAAUACGUGUUCCUUUUGAUUUUGGAAACAGCACAUGUGGACUUUGUGGAGAUUUUAACGGAAUUUCUUCUAAUGACUUAUUUAAAAGGUCUGACGGCUUUCAAGUAAGUUUUAAAAAUUCAGUGGCAUUACAUCAUGUCAAUUGUGCUGCAUUGGAUAUCAAUCCUUGUGACGAAUCCUCUGACACUUAUCGAACGGCAGUCGACGAAUGCAGCAUCAUUAUUUCACCAGUUGGCGCCUUUUCUCAAUGCCAUGCUAUUGUAGAUCCCACCAAUUAUUAUGAGGGUUGUGUCUACGAUUUAUGUGCUACGUUACCAGAUACUGGGACGUUGUGUGAUAGCUUGGAAACAUACGCACAGGCGUGUUUGAACAAUAAUGUCCAACUUGGCAACUGGAGAUCUGAACUUGAUAAGUGCCCAUUUAAGUGCGAAGAUGGCAAGAUAUACAAUCCCUGCGGAAGUAGUUGUCCAGAUACUUGCCUACCUUUCUCAUCUAAUUGUCCAUUGAGUUGUGAAGAGGUAUGUGAAUGCCCAGACGGAACAGUGUUAGAUAAUGGUCAAUGUAUUGACACUUCAUCAUGUGGUUGUCUGGACUCAUCUAUGAUCUAUCGUCAGCCAGAACAACGUUGGGUAGACAGCACAUGUGAAAAUAGUUGUGUCUGUUCCAGCGGCGUCGUUUCUUGUCAAAGUUACGGUUGUAGUGAAAACGCCGAAUGUUCUAUACGAAACGGAAUUCGUGGCUGCUACUGUCAGAAUGGCUUUGAAGGAGACGGCCAGGAGUGCACCAGAGGCCCUGGUUUCUGUACCGCUUGGGGUGAUCCACACUAUAUCACUUUCGACAAUGUCAAAUUCGACUUCCAGGGUGAAUGUGAAUACACAUUGGUCAGGAAAUGUGAUAAUAGAACAGAUCUUGAGGAUUUCGUUGUCACUGGAAUCAACAGAAAAGAUAAACCAUCAAACAGAGUGUCGCUGAUGAGAGAAGUCACGUUCCAUUACAAUCACCAUGAUUAUAAUCUUCGACAGAAUGGUGUGGUUUUCUAUGACGGAGUGAUAAUAACACCCCCACUUUCAACAUCGGAUGGUGUCUACAUCAUAAACAAUGGCCAAUAUACUGCCUUGUGGACAAACUUUUCUUUGGUGCUACGAUGGGAUGGUCACCACACCCUAGAAACACAAUUACCGUUCAAUUACUGGGAUUCAGUUUGCGGAUUAUGUGGUAACUUCAAUGGUGACGGCUCCGACGAUAUUGCUCUGAGAUCUGACGGUUUAGAUGCAAGAAGUGCUGCGGAGUUUGGAAACAGCUGGAAAUUCGAGUCGGAUGAAUGUGAAGAUGUCGUCGAUGUAGAACCGUGCCAAGAAGGCACCGAAACUUUAGAGGAAGCCAGGGAUUUGUGUUAUGCUCUGAUCUCCCAAGAUGGAGCUCUUGCUUCAUGUCAUUCGUUCGUUGAUCCGGCAGACUAUUACGAUGGAUGUGUUUACGACUUGUGUGCCACGUUGCCAGACGACGAUCUGCUGUGUGAGACGCUAGCUGAAUAUGCUCAAACAUGCCGAGAACGCGGUGGAGAACCCGGCGAUUGGAGAAAAGAAUCGCCACGUUGUUCAAUCACGUGCGAUGGCAACAAAGUGUACAAUCUUUGUGCAAGUGCUUGUCCGGCUACAUGUGCAUCGAUGGAAGGCAUGGAUGAUUGUCCAAAUGCAUGUAUUGAAGCUUGUGAAUGUCCAGAAGGUACACUGCUUAACGGUAACACGUGUGUUCAACCGUCUCAAUGCGGAUGCACGUGGGAUGGUGUUUACUACCAGCCAGAACAACGUUGGGUAGACAGCACAUGUGAAAAUAGUUGUGUCUGUUCCAGCGGCGUCGUUUCUUGUCAAAGUUACGGUUGUAGUGAAAACGCCGAAUGUUCUAUACGAAACGGAAUUCGUGGCUGCUACUGUCAGAAUGGCUUUGAAGGAGACGGCCAAGAGUGCACCAGAGGCCCUGGUUUCUGUACCGCUUGGGGUGAUCCACACUAUAUCACUUUCGACAAUGUCAAAUUCGACUUCCAGGGUGAAUGUGAAUACACAUUGGUCAGGAAAUGUGUCAAUAGAACAGAUCUUGAGGAUUUCGUUGUCACUGGAAUCAACAGAAAAGAUAAACCAUCAAACAGAGUGUCGCUGAUGAGAGAAGUCACGUUCCAUUACAAUCACCAUGAUUAUAAUCUUCGACAGAAUGGUGAGGUUUUUUAUGACGGAGUGGUAAUAACACCCCCACUUUCAACAUCGGAUGGUGUCUACAUCAUAAACA